AUAUAUUAAUAAAUGCAAAUUAUUAUUUAGCAUACAGAAAAAAAAAUUAAUUUCCUUGGGUUUGUAAAGUCUGUAUUUUUUUCGGUAGAUUUCGUUAAAAUUCGGUAUUUCGGUAGAAAGCAAUGAAUUUCGGUAGAUAUACCGAAAUUUCGGUAGCUGUGCAACACUGGACACAGGUUUAGUAGGCUAGAUACUUUCCCGUCUUUCGAUCUCUUCCAGCCGAAUAGGUGGAUCCUAUUCUAGUGUCAUCUGUUGGCAGCAUUGUCAUUAGCUUACCUACUUGAAGUAAUAUAAUUGAGAACACAGGUCACAACAACCAACAACUAGAGUUGUGAUCUGUGAUUGAGGUCGUGGUAGGUCCUUAAUAGAAGUUCAAUAAUAUGGAAUCGUGGGACGACAAACAUUUUGAGCUUUCAAUCUCUAGCCUGUCUCAGGUAGUGGCUAAUAAAUGGGAUGGUGAGGAUGAAGAAGACGAGGUUAAGGAAAGCUGGGAGGAUGAAGAGGAGGAGAAGAAGGAAAAGAAACCCUCAAUAGAGGUUCAACCAAAACCUAAAAAGAAGUCGUUGUCCGAGAGAAUCGCUGAAAAGGAGAGAUUGAAGAGAGAGGAAAUGGCGCAGCGCCUUCAAGAAAAGGAAGAUGAAAUGUCCCCAGAAGAAAAACUGCGUGGUCAAAAGGAGGCAGACUUGAAUGUGGCAUUAGCAACAACUUUUGCCGAAGGAAAUGUGGAAAAUUCUGAAAUAGACGAUCUUAAUUUGCCAACUUCAAAAGAAGAAUUUGAUACUUUCACAGAAACCCUCUCCAAGAGGCUUACCUCUCUGUCCAGCAGCAUAGAAUAUCCCAAUUUUGUUGAGAAGUUUUCUAGGAACCUUUGUGCUACAAUGAAAUCGCUUGAUAUUAGAAAAAUGAAAAAUUCAUUAUACAACUUAUAUUUGGAAAAACUGAAACUCGAGAGAGGUGAUAAGGCGAAAAAGAGGGGAAAAGGAAAGGCGAAGCUCAGAAUGGAGAUUAGAGACCAUCUACCAGGCCGAUAG